CCCGCGCUGAGUCAAGAUGGAGGAGCGCAGCGGCCGCGGGAGAACAAUGUUUAGACGCUGAAGAUAGAAACAAACAGACCGAGCUGGGAGGUAAAAACUAAAAGACAAGCACGGCCAGAGCGAGCGGUGGUCAUGAGCUGGAUGCAAGCGGUGGCCAUCUUUUAAAGACCCGAUCAUUUCAGCGUCACUCCGCUCUGUCCAAGCGCUUCCACCAUGAGCCUCAUCCAGGACAAGCUGGGAAGUGAGUUCCUGCGGCCAGGCGGGGGCAUGGAGGCCAGCUUCAGCACAGGCAUGCUGAUGUUCAGCCACCUGCCGCCCGUCACCAGCUUCACCCGCCUGGCCGGACAGAGUGUCAUGGCCGAGCUGCAGCCACACGAUUUCGUCCUGAAAAAGGAGCGCCACUCGCCUGACUGUGACAGCUCAGGAGGAGCAGGUGGAGGACUGGUGUCCGGAGCGGGGAUGAUGCCAGGGAUGGGCGAUUACAUGCCUGCUAUGGGCAUUAAGCAGGAGAAGGUUUCCGAGCUGGACUACAGGCAGCCCAUGUAUCCGAGCGACGGGGAACGUGGUGGCACGGAGAUGCUGGAGAUGACCCUCAGCAACCAUCAGAACCUGCUGAUACACGACCUCAGCAUGGGGAACCUGUCAGGGAGGCUGGGAAAGGACUCCUCAGGGAGGAAAGGUCGAAGGUCAAACGGUGACGGACAGGAGGGCAAGACGCGACGGAAACGAGGAGAAUCGAAGUCUCUGAUGCUGGAUCCUGACGGAGGGACGGUGUCUCCCAGCUCCAAACCGCACAUCUGCGAGCACUGCAGCGCAGCCUUCCGCAGCUCCUACCAUCUCCGCAGACACGUUCUCAUACACACAGGUGAAAGGCCGUUCCGGUGUAACCAGUGUAACAUGAGCUUCAUUCAGAAAUACCUCCUGCAGAGACAUGAGAAAAUUCACAGUGGAGAGAAGCCUUUUAGCUGUGACCAGUGCAACAUGCGCUUCAUUCAGAAAUACCACAUGGAGAGACACAAACGAACACACAGCGGAGAAAAGCCAUACAAGUGUGACACCUGUCAACAGUAUUUUUCCAGGACAGACCGGUUGUUGAAGCACAAGCGGACAUGCGGAGACGGCAUAAAGAAGGAUUUGGACGAGAUGGAGAUGGAAAUGGACAGGGAGCAUGGCAGCUACGCAAUCACUCAGGGAAACGUGACCACGCCAGGCCGCAAACGAGGCAAGUCCAAAACUGGUGGCGAGGGUGGCAAACGCAAAAGGGCAUCAGGGCCUUCACACAGUCAGGGGACAGAGGGGUAUGGCCUGCACGAUUUUAACACUGUGGACAACCAUGGACACUCUCUAUCAUCUUCAGCAUCAGCAUCCCAUCCAGGGCAGGGCAUGCACGGAGAACCAGUGCCAGCACCCAAAAUGGCAUUUAAAAAGGGCCACAGGAAAGGCUUGGAGAAAAAUGCCCAGUCCAAACUUGGCAACAUGGAGCUGAGUGGAGAUGCUGGCAUGGAUGACAUGGGCCUCCUCCAGAGCCACAAAGUAGGCCAAAGUAGCAGCAGCAACAACAACAGCGCCAACUAUGACGAUGCCAUGCAGUUCCUCAAGAAGCGGCGCUACUUGCCUGGGGCCAGCAACGGCGGGGUAGGGGGUGGAGCUACUGGCUAUGAUGUGGGGGUCAGCCACUUGCAGGCCCAGCCGGUGGUUGUGCAGGGCAUCGUGUCUGGAGUAAUGGACGGAGACUCCACGUUGGGACUCCUCGACUCGUCACCUCUGGCAGACAUCAAACCGGACAAGUCAGGAAUCCCAGAUGAAGUGCUUCAAAGCCUGCUGGAGCACUACGGCCACAAGACCGAUGUGACCUUUGACUUAUCCGACCCACAUCAUGUGGAACUGGAGCAUGGCACGGCCGAGGGUGUUGACCCAAUGGGUGCCGAGAGCAACCAGGGAGGUGGAGACAAGAUGUCCUUGAUGCACGAGUACUCUCGCUUCCUCCUGCAGGCUCUCGAGAGGACGAGUCACAGUGGUGGCUUCGUACUUGGCCCGACGCCUUCAUCCUCGUCCACAUCAUCAUCCAACACCGUAGCUUCUUUCCCCACGUACACCACCUCCCCCCUGGAGUUCUCCUUUGGCCUCCCAGCCUCCUCCUCCCCCUCAACUCUUAAUUCCUCUGUGCCAAAGCCACACUUUGGCUUGUUGGGGAGUUCGUCGCCUUCGCAGGGCUUCCAUCUGAGUGGCCUGGAGCCCACGGCACACUCCCAGCAUUCCCAGCAGCCUCAACCUCAACAGCAGCAGCAGCUCACUCCAUCCCAGGAGCUUACGGAACAGCUGGAGAAACAACACAACAGCUCUCCACCUGCUCCUCCGCACACCCCCAACUCAAGCGCCUACCAGCUCCCGGCUCCAACCACUGACCUCAGCGGCCAGAAAGACGACCAAGGCUCCAAAAACAGUGCCACUGGCUUCUCAAUGGUCCCUGCCAAAGGCUCGUAUCAGAUAGAAAACUUUGCUCAGGCUUUUGGGGGGCAGUUUAAAGGUGGCCGUAGGCCUUUGGUGUUUGGUACAGACUCGGGCACAGAUGUGGAGCAAUUCUCAGGGUACAGCAGCCUUCUGGCCAGCGUGAGCGACACCAAAAGCCCACAAAGCCAAAGCUACAACUGAUCUGGCUGCAGAGCUUCUGCUUAUUCAUUUUGUCUUUUGUAUCGUUGUUGUUAUUAUUAUUAUUAUUAUUAUUAUUAUUAAUUAUUAUUAUUUAGUUUUAUUUUAUUAUUAUUUUUGUAAUUUUUUUUUGUGUUUUUCGUAAUUAUCUCGUUGCCAUUUAUGAAAAUAUGAAAUUUCACUCCCCCCGAGUUGGCUGUGAAAUGCAAAUUUGUAAGUAUUUUCGAUUCGUUUCCUUUUUUUUUUGGAAGAAAAAGGCGUAUUUACUAACGAUCUCCUUUUUUUUUUUUUUUUUUUUUGGUAGUGUCCUAGAGACUGCUCUGUUCAACGGUAGAAUCAUGACGCAAAAAUAGAGUAGCAGCAACGACCUUUUCACAGUUUUCUUUCCCCUCUCUCUACCCAGCGAUGGUCAUGUUUUAACAAUGUAAGGUAGGAAUGGCAGGGAUUAGCCCGGAAAAGGAGAAGAAGGAGAAAAAAAACCAAUAAUGAUAAUAAUCCCAAAACAUUGUCUGUUACAAGAUUUAAAGUAUUACUCAGGUAAAAUGUGUAAAGGUGUACAGGAAAAUUUUAUCAGAGGGGCAGCAAUAAUGCAUUGAAGAGGUGGAAAAAACUUUGCAAAUACAGAGAAGCUUCGAUUUAUUCCCUCUCUCUCUCUCUCUCUCCCUCUCCCCUUUUAUUUUUCACUUCUUUUCUUUUUUUUUCCCUUUUUUUUCGAGCGCGACACGUAAAAAGACGAAACUGCUGCCUGCUCUGUUUCACUGACAACACUUUCCACUUGGCUGUAUAGAGAUUAUGGUACUUUUAUGUAAAUGUGAAGCGCUCACAUUCUCUUUCAAUAAGGGCCAUAUAUAUUUAUAAGAAUAUCUAUAUGUACAAUACCAUAUGUAACCUUUCUGGGGAACGGCGGGUGACACCGGGGUACAUGGCGGGGGUGGUGUUGGGGGGGCGGGGUCCGAGCAUGCUCUUUCUUUUUUUUUUCUCCCCCUCCUACGCCAAAUCCCCCCCCCACCCCAGAUUGUCUCCUCUCUUUCUCACGCUCUCUCACUGUUUUUUUCUCCCCACGUUUGGAGAGCAGAGCCAAGGGUUGCUCACAAGAGGGCACCGUGCGAGUGUCUCUCAGCACACACCAGCUCAUAGGACUAUGCUGUGCCUCUUUUACCUUUCUCUUUUGCCCCCCCCCCACCCUCUUCUUCAUCUUGGAAAAGAGUCCAGUCGAGCACUUUGAACCUGUUCCUUCUUUUUACGGCCCAGUCUGAUCAAGCAGGGGGGGGGGUCCGUUCGGUGGACAUGCUAUUUUUUUAGGGAAAUCAAGUCAACGUUUGAAAGACACACAAGGGAAAAUGACCAGGGGUAGGGCUGGGGUGGAUGAGGGGGGUUUUUAUAUAUAGAUACGACAAGGUCUUACAUUUCUAGCAUGGUUUAGUGGGUUAAAAAUUGAGGGUGGGAUUAUUUUGUGUGUGUGAGGGGAAGCUUGUUUAUUUAUUUAUUUUUUGGGACUUCUGGAUGUAUGUAGGGCAAGUCUAGAACGAGAGGGUUUUUUUUUUUUGAUAGCAUCGAUCUAGAGAAACUGUGUCGAUUUUAACCGGACCCUCUUAAAAACGCUGUGACUUUUUCACCAGGCGGGCGAUCCCAAAAAAUAAAAAAUUUCACAGUGCUGAAACUGUGCAAGCAUGCAGGGUGAAGUAUUACCUUCAACUACAUUUCAGCGUCUUUCGUUUUGUACUGGAUCGUUGAAUUAAGUAUUAUUGUUUUUGUGUGUAUUUGUUUUUUAAUGAGUAAGUGCAUCGUCUUCCGCCGCCGCUGUUGGCUGCUGUUUCUCUUCUUAAGUUUUUUAUUUUUUCUCCCUCAUUUUCGGUUUUUGUUUUAUUUUCUCCUCCCCUCUCACUCUAGCUCUUUCAUAUGCACCUACUGAUUUUCUUCAGACUGAACCCUCUGGAGGCACGGGGAACAAAAAAAAAGAAGAAAGAAAAACAAAAGUGACCACUAGAACCAAGUACUGUGUUUGUAGCAUCCUAGGGUACUCGUAUGGCUGUUAUCAAUAAUGAUCCUCAUAGCUGAUCGCUUUAUACCUCAUAUCACUGAUGACACGCAGGGAUUCAGGACCGAACGAGGCACGCAUGUAGCAGGGACGGUUUGGCUUUAGUAGAGAAAAUCCUCACUUUUUUUUAAAUUUCUCGACGUUUUCCUGUUCUUUCCAGUUUACUCAGUCUGUCUGGAGACGGCCUUCAGGAGAGUGUGACCUCUCGAGUCUUGAGAAUCCACCCUGAAUAAUUUGCAUGUCAACAUUUUUAUAGUUCAUCGUUUUUUAUAACGGUUUCCUACAUUACCCAUAACACUGUCCAGAUUCCUGUGGCUAUAGUGGUGCAGUUUUAGCGAGUCUGUCUACAGAGAGUGAUGCAGCAGAGCUUUAGUCCUUCACACUCUCGCAGUGUAACAGCACUCAUCAUCUCGUAGAUCACUAAUUAACCACAUCCCAAGCGUAACGAGUAGCUGCAUUGCAUUCUGGGACCAGCGUCUGGUUCGACUUGCUGGAAAGCGCUGCAUGAGAAAUAAAGCCCUGUCUGUUUUGAGAUCUGUGAAUAUCUGGUCAGAACGUCUACCUGUGACGACGCGCAGCCGCUUACAUUCAGGGUGGAGUUCUGCUCGAACCGUGGCACUGAGACUUUUACCCACAGUGGAGAUUCGGUCCACUUGUAUUUUUUACACUAAUCUUAAAUUUGUAUUUUGUGAAUCCCCAAAAAAUAUAUCCCAGUUGUAUGUUUGUCUCAGGUGGAAACGUGAUGCGUUAAUAACAGAGGAAAGGACUGGGGAAAUGACCCGGAGUUUAAACUCCUAAAUGAUUCACCUAUUUUGCUGUCUGCUGUUGAAGGUUUCUGAAGAUUGUGUCAGGAAAAGAAUCAGUUUGUAAUGAUUUUAAAGGCAUGAUUUGCGCUCUCUCUCUCUCUCUCUCUCUCUCUCAAUCAUACACUCGCUCUCCCUCCCUCUCUCUCUCUCUCUCUCUCUCUCUCACUCACACACACAUGCAUGCACGCACUCUCUCUCUCUCUCUCUCUCUGUUUCUCAUUCUCACACAGACUCUCUCACUUUCUCGCCCUCUCAUGAUCUCUCUCUCUCUCUCUCUCUCUCUCUCUCUCUCUCUCUCUCUCUCUCUCUCUCAUGCUCGCUCUUGCCCCCCCCCCCUCUCUCUCUCUUUUUCUCUGAAUUGUGCUGACUGGCCCUGUAUAUAUAUAUAUAAAAAAAAAGUAUAAAUCCAGUCCUCUAUGCCCUUGGAUACCGGAUUGAAUUUUCUUAUUUCGGAUAAAGUAAUUUCGGAUUGAGUUCUUAUUUUAACUCGUGUUCUAAACGCAGGGAAAUUUGUUGGCCUCUCAUUCAGACUGGUAAACACCCAGAAGUGUUUAUUUUAUUCUUAAAAAAAAAAACAAAGAAUCGCUCGUCCUCCUCAAUGUGAGUUCUUCUUUUCCUCUCAUCACCAAACCAAAAUGAUGUAUUUUUUAUUGUUUACAUACAACGUACAAGAACACUAAGAUGUUUCUCUCUCUCUCUUUUUUUUUUUCUUCUUCUUUGCCCCCCCCCCUUUUUUUUGUCACCACACCAAAAUCUGUAGCUCCUUCUGUCUGAUUUUAUUACAGAUUCUUGUGAUCUGACUCAGAGGGCUAUACCUGUCCCUUUGAAUUUAUUAUUGAUUAGGGGUUAAAAAAAUAAAUAAAAUGCUGUUAUCAGUGGGUGUGUUUC